AUGGAUGGCUUAAAGGCUCUGGCUCAGGGCGCCCGGACGUGCUCUCCGGCCUCUGGGAACUUUCUGUGGAAUUCAACCUGUGAGUUUGCCUGUGAAGAAAGGUUUGUGUUGAAGGGAUCAGACAGGCUGCAGUGCGGCGCUUCUGGAAAGUGGGAUGGACAGCAGCCGGAAUGCGAAGUUGUGCAGUGUGAUGGCUUAAAGGCUCCAGCUCAUGGCUCCCUGACAUGCUCUCCCGCCUCUGGGAACUUUCUGUGGAAUUCAACCUGUGAGUUUGCCUGUGAAGAAGGGUUUGUGUUGACGGGAUCAGACAGGCUGCAGUGCGGCGCUUCUGGAAAGUGGGAUGGAGAGCAGCCGGAAUGCGAAGCUGUGACGUGUGAAGCAGUGAACAGGCCUGAAAACGGCUUUGUGGAAUGUACCAGCCGUCAUCCAGAAUUCACCCACAACUCGGCCUGUGAGUUCCGUUGUGAGGAGGGCUACCGAUUAAGUGGAUCACCCGCAAUUCAGUGCACAGCUCAGGGAGAAUGGUCAGAGCCCUUCCCAAAGUGUGAAGUUGCACAGUGUGAAACCCUGAUACUCCCUGAGAAGGGCUCCAUGAAUUGUUCACACCCACUUGGGGAUUUUGCAUACAGCACAGUUUGCGAGUUUAACUGUACAGGGGGAUGGUUGCUAAAUGGCUCUAAUGUACUUCAGUGCGGCGCUGCAGGGAACUGGACUGCAAGUCAGCCGACGUGCGAAGCUCCCCAAGUGCCUGAAGAACUGCUCAGUUACGUCUCUGUUGGAAUAGCAGCCACCGGAGCCUCGCUCCUGUCGACGGCAUCAUUCCUCAUUUGGCUUGUAAAGCGCCUUCGAAGGAAAGCAAAGAAAUUUACUCCUGCCAGCAGCUGCCAGAGUCUCAAUUCAGAGUGUACCUUCCAAAGCACUGCUCAUCUAAUCUAACGCCAAGUGACUCCGGAAUUGAAGCUAUCUUCACGGAUGCCUCAGAGCCCCUCAGGAAAUGGAGCUAUGCAGUCCUCAGCAAGCGGCCAGGUGUUGAUACAUCUUGCUGACAAGAUGAUUAGCCUUGGAUCUUGCUACUAAAUACUGAGCUCAGUCGUCUGGUUCUGCCACUGAAGACAAGCAAGCUCGCGGUAAAACCCUAGCUGUUUACCAAGAGACUACAUGGGUCCUGUCAACGUACAGCUACAGUGAUUGGGAGAUCUAUAUUCAUGCUCUGGAUGGGGACAAAAUAAGCUGCUGUCUACUCCUCUAGGGUCAGUCUGUAGGUACCAGGGUGGAGUGAACACUUUGCAAUAUACGUGGUUGGAGAUCUCUCCCAUGGAAACACAUGGGUCCCAUUUUUAAAGAAAAAUAGUUAGAAUGGGAAAUAUUUGUGGAAUUGCCUUACAAACCAUUGAUUUGGUUCACUGGUAAUUGUUGAAGUAAAUGUACUGUAACAAUAUGUCACAAUUAAUAAAUCUGCCUGUAACACUAUGGUCAGGGUGUUUUGCUGCAGUUCCUAGCGAGUUUUUAUAUUGUAACUUUAAACCAUUGCUAAUGGGAGCACUAUCAGAGUUAGUAAUUAUGCCAGGCAGUCUGGUUCGUGAAUGCAGCAAGUAGACCUGAAACAAUUUCAUCCCCAUGGGAUUAAGUAUUGUAAUCUAUAGAAAUAAAUAUUUAGUUUCUUGUGCACUUUAUUCUGCAUGUAAUUCUAUACUGUUUGUAAAUCGUAGAACUGCUGUAGGAUAUCUGCCCUAGAGUUCAGGAUCAUAUAUGUUCUGCAAAAAGUAUGUGACAUCUACUCUGUUCAGAUAAAAUAGCAUGUUGUAUAACGCAAAAGGUAGUGACUACAGACCUUCUGUGUACUUAUUCCUUUAAACUUAUCUGUCAUUUAGGGACAGACAUGAUUAAAGGCCUGUAUGUGCAUUCAUGUGUGUCUGAACAUAAGGACAUAACAAAACACUAGAUAGAAGUAAAAUACCAUGUAUUAGACCUUUGGGGUCUAAUCCUGCUCUCAUUAACACUGAUGGCAAAACUCCCGUUAAUUUCAACGAUUCAGGAAAAGGCCCUUCAUAACUUACAAGUUGUUCUUUGUGACACCUUCAUGAAUAGUGUGUUUGGUAACAUUGCAUACAUAAUAGUCCAAUGGAAAGACCUGAGGUCAUAUUUUAGUGGCUGAUGUUUUUGUAAGAAGCAGUUCUGUGGGACUGAAUAUUUGGGGGCAGAGCUUCACCUGAUAUAAAUUGUCACAGCUCAAUCAAUCAGAGGUACCCUUUUAUGUCUGUAUAUUAUAUAAAUAUAAACUGGCAGCACAAGAAGAUAUUUAUAUAUAAUGAAUAUAAUCUGCUUAGGUUUUAUAUUAUCAGUAUGGUUUUGAAUAAGUUAUGUAUUUAAUGUAUUUAUGAUUACACAGUCGUGGCUGCUUUUAAUCUGAUGCUCUAUGUGAUGUUGAUAAAUAAAAUGGUUUGAGAUUACUGCUUACA